AUGACAAGAGCAGCAGCAUCUCAGAUAUGCCUGAAUGCAGGCAGUCGCAGCCGUGCACUGUCUGUCCACGAAGGACUGCGAGGCCUGCGGAUGGCUCGUGAAACAGCAAGUCAUGACGGUGCAAUCGGCCAACAGCCACCCAACGUCAUCGCUUCACAACUUCGACAUGAGGAUCUCUUCGUGAUUCAGCCACCAAUAGUCGGCUUCCAGGCUUUUACUCUCCCCACACAGCCAUCAGAUGCUGGUCCUUCAAAUGAUCCCUCGCAGCGUACGAAGCCGCGUGCGAUUGCGAAGAUACACUGCGACACCGGCAUCACGCUCGGCUUUCUGGCGGAUGCUGUCCAGAGAUUUUUGGGCGGCGCAGGCGAGGGAAACGAUGACACGAAGCAGAUUCUGUUCAAGGCGAUCGUCUCUUUCGCCACCCCGGAUCCAAAGCCGAAGAAGCGCAAUGGUCGGUGUAGCGUCGUUCGUCUAUAA